UGAAUAUCAUGGUCUGCCUUUCUACCCGACAAUGUCUGCCAGGAAUGCGAAUCCGCUGAAGGUUUCCCUUUUGAAGCACAUCCAUAAACUCAUCGAUUGUCUGGUCAACAUCAGAGAUGAGAGUGGCGAGUUCCUUAUGACUCUCGAGGAUGGGAGGGUGAUUGAUACCAAGGGCUGGAAUGACUGGGAGUGGACUCAUGGAAUCGGGCUAUACGGCCUGCUCAAGUAUCACGAAAUAACUGGCGACAAAGAUGCACUGGAGAUAUCCCUGGCUUGGUUCAAAGAGCGGUUUGAGAUUGGCACAACCAAGAAUGUGAAUACGAUGUCUCCACUUUUAACGGCGGCCUAUCUUCAUGAAGCCAAAAACGCUGACUUUCUAGUGCAUAUGGACUCAUGGGCUGAAUGGGUCAUGUACGACAUGCCCCGGACAGAGGAAGGCGGUCUACAACAUAUCACAUAUUUGGUUGUUAAUCAUCAGCAACUUUGGGAUGAUACACUUAUGAUGACGGUGCUUCCAUUAGCCAAAAUUGGCUUGGUUUUGGAUCGUCCUCGUUAUGUGGAGGAGGCUAAAAGACAGUUCCUUCUACAUAUCAAAUAUUUGCAAGACAUCCAAACAGGUCUUUGGUUUCAUGGCUGGACCUUUGACGGACGACAUCAUUUUGGUAAAGCUCGAUGGGGCAGAGGAAAUUGUUGGAUCACUGUAGCGAUCCCGGAUUUUAUCGAGAUGCUCAAGCUGUCAGAAACGGACGGAAUACGACAAUAUUUGGUCACCUCUCUCGUCGCGCAAAUAGAUGCAUUGGUGAAGCUUCAAAACCAGGCGACGGGAUUGUGGCAUACUAUUUUAGACGAUGAAACUUCGUACCUGGAGUCAUCUUGCACUGCGGGAUUCGCAUACGGUAUACUAAAAGCGCUUAGACUCAGGCUCCUACCCAAAGAAGAACGCUAUAUGGAUUCCGCAAAGAAGGCGAUACAAGGGGUGCUUGCAAAUAUCACGCCAGAAGGAGAACUGAAGCUUGUGUCGUUCGGUACGCCGGUGUUCGACGAUAUUGAGGAGUAUAAGAAAAUACCUUUGACUAGCAUGCCUUAUGGCCAGAGUUUGGCGCUAUUGGCAUUAACCGAAUAUCUAAGAACAUUUGUAUAGAAUUCACGUCUAGCCUUUACUUACCUUUCGAAGUCUCGAGGAAGGCUGUGAAAAACAAGUUAAUGAUAAUUCUUGUCAAAAACGUAGCAGGAGCCCAA